CUUUACUUUGCUUUGCUUUUCUCUACUCUACCUUGCUUUGCUUUAACUUGCUUUACUUUGAGCGUUAACUCUUGCCGCAGAACGAAGGUGACUGGGCGCAAAUUAGCUAGAACGUCCGCAGCAGCUGUCUCGCAGAAACUUCUGUUACUCUUUUUAUGAAACGCUGCAUCAAAAACAAUUUUUGAAUCACGUCCUUUAUCAAAUUCGCCGUCAGGUUCAAUACUCUCUCUCUCUCUCUCUCACACCCAGUCAAAUAAUCAUCUCCCCUCCCCUCCUACAGCUGGCCAGCUACUUGCCCACCAUCCCCCUCAGCCUCUCUCCCCUCAAAACCUCACCAACGACGACGAAGCUCCCCCCGCCUUCGUCGUCGGCGUACUACUCAACUUCCCCACAGUCCACCACAACGACACAUCUUCCCGCCACCGCUCCACAACAGGUCGACUCCUCACGGCAAACGCCUCGGCCUGCAACUCCUUCAACCCAUCCUCAUGUCCCGAACAACACAUUUGCUUAUACCCCGCUGCCAGCUGCUCUUCGAGCUCAUCCCUCUCGAGUCGAGUGUCUGCUGCUGCUCCCAGAAUUCUGCUGAGCCCAAUGAGAUAUGUGUCGAUGACGUAGGGUUUGAAGGUCCAGGUUUCGCAUUGGGGGGAGAUCUUGUUAUGAAAAUGAUGAUGAUGAGAAGAAGGAGGAGGAUGAUGAUGAUGAUGAUGGGCAAAGUCUGCUGCGAAUACACAUCGCGUUCGAACGUAUUGGGUACUAGGGAGGUCGACGGGAGAUGUCAUGGAAACGCCACCGAGAUUGGAGGGUCUCGAGUGGAGAGAGAUGGAGAGUGGGAGGCGGGAUAAGAGCUCUUUGUAUGCGUCGCGGAAGAUUGGCGAGAAUUGGUGGAGGUGGUGCAGAGCUUCGAUGUGGCGUUGGGGAAAUGCUCGGUGGUGGUUGUGCGGAUCCGAGUCUGGUCGGGAGGCGAAUGAUGCGAGUUCUUGUUCGAUGAAUUUGCACUCUUGGUCGAUUUGAUAGAAAAUCUCGUCGGGCUCAGCGCGGGACGAUGGUUGGAGUUCUGGCAGUGGUAGUGGCAGUACAGUCGUAGUAGUGGUGGGAGGUGAUGUGCGAGCUCCCGAAUUGGAUGCCAUGCAUCAUUUGGCUGCAAGCAACAGUCGAGGAGAUGCAGAUGUUCAACGAGGGGAGAAACAAGUCCACCUACCUCAAGAUCUAGUUCAGCCACGCUGUUGUCUUCCUUCUAUCUACAUAAUGGGACCACUGUAUGGUCACUAUGGUGAAUGUGCGUGUGCGUGUGCGUGUGCUGCCUGCAUCGGUCGUGCAACUGUCGUGAACAUGUUGAAAGGUGCUACAGAAGCAGCUGUAGCCGCUAUCCAUACACCCAUGUCGAUGUUCUAGGCCCGUCUAUUUGCCAUUUGCAACUCGAACUGGAAACUUUG